CCCGGCCAGGACGGGGUCGACAGAUCGUGGGCCUGAGAGGAGGCUCCAAGAUUUCUCCAGAUUGCAUACGCGCUCAAGACAUUUCAGCUGAAUGUGCUCCUGUCUUGUUUCUCUGUCUGCUCGAUCGACUACUACUAACUCUCUAUUUCUCACCGUUGCACUUUACGCACUCUUUGAGCACUACUCGUCGCCUCUCGUCGCGUCAGUUGAAAGGUGGAGCGAUUUGUCAACGCGAGGAUUGCAAUGAAUGAUCAUUAAAUAUACGUAAGAUCAAAAUUACAAAUUACAUUUUACAUUGUAUCUUUGCCAUAAUAUUUUUUUCUAAGAUAUUCCUCAUUUUUACAUUAUAAUUUACUUUUAGCUGUUUCAAAUCGCAUAAAGUUAAAAUCGAGAGACAAGUUUCCAUCUUCUCCGAUUAAUCGAUACUCAAAACUUGAAGAGCUCAACUGUGAUCUCUCUCUUCGCGCUACCCUCAACUGUGUCGCGAGAGGUUCCAGGACCAGCAGAAGGAUCAGCCAACUCGGACAUGGGGCGUCUUGAAAUUGCUCAUCUCUCUCUUGAUCUCUUUCUUUCUCCCGCACAUACCUGUCCUAUUUCUUUUGUCUGUUUCUUCUCUUUCUAUUUUUUCUCUUUCUCUCGCUAUCUAUCUCUGUGUGCCUGUGUGCGCCGUGGUGCAUGAACCGAACCGCAAUGCAGUUCAACAGCUUCGAGCAGCUCUGCAUCAACUUCACCAACGAGAAGCUGCAACAGUACUUCAACCAUCACAUGUUCGUGCUCGAGCAGGAAGAGUACGAGCGCGAGGGUAUCACGUGGGUCUUCAUAGAUUUUGGCAUGGACUUGGAGCCGACGAUCAAUCUGAUCGAGAAGGUAAAGCGAUCGGGUCUGCGCGGGACACGGGCCCGAUCUGGAUCGUCCGGCUGCGAUCCAGUAACCUAAAGCUCUCGCUUGAAUCCAGCUUGCCUGCGAGUUGCUGCACCGUUGCUGUUUUACGCUCAUCUACGUUGUUCACCUGUGUGUGUAUGUAUUCGAUCACGUGUGUGGGUAUAGAUCUCCCUUGUAUCGGAUGUCGCAGAUCUGACGCGCAAAAUUUCGACUGUAGAUCCUUAAAGGAUUGGUAAUUAAAGCCUUGAUGGAUAAGAAUGAGUUGAUUUAUACAGUAUGAUUAAUAGAACGUAUUUUGGAUUUUUCAAUAAUUGAAAAUUUGCGCGAAUGGAUCCGUAACGUUGCUUCAGCAUUGAAUGAAUGGGAGGAUCGAUGUAUCGGGAAUGAGAUCAUUGCGCUCCGACGAUAUAAUAAAUGCC